AUGGAGCUGCCCCGGGUGCCCUGCAGAGCUUGGGACGUUUGUUUCCUCAAAGCUUUGCUGGCUGAGUUUAUGGGCACCGGGAUCUUUCUCUUCACCGGGUUGGCCUCCAUCACUCCUUGGACUCAGCCUGCAGUUGACCCAGGGAAUCCGGGCAUCACUGCCCAGAGCCAGUCCUCCGGGGCUGGUUCUGAGCCGAGCGGUACCAUGUACUCAGCCGUUGCUGCCACCCCCAGCCUGGGGGACGUGGGGACGCAGGCUCCUUGCAGCUUGGCCUCCCCAAACCCGCUCCACGUGUCGCUGGCCUUCGGGAGCUCGGUGGCUCUCAUGUCCUACUGUGCCUUGCCCCUGAGCGGCGGUCAUCUGAACCCGGCGGUGACCGUCUCCAUGCUGGUGGCUGUGAAAGUGAGGCCAGCCUGGGCCAUGUGCUACAUCCUGGCACAGCUGCUCGGGGGCAUCACCGCCUCGGCUCUCCUCUACGGGCUGACUCCAGAACACGCCCGGGGGGAGAUGGGUGUCAACAAGCUGGCUCCGGGGGUCACGCUCCUGCAAGCCCUCAGCAUAGAGGUGAUCGUCUCCUUCCAGCUGGUCCUCUGCAUCCUCGCCACGUCUGGGAGCAAGAGAGACCCUUCCAAGGGCGGGCACCUGGUCAUCGGGCUCUCAGUCAUGCUGGGGCACCUGGUUGCCAUCAGUUACACCGGAUGCAGCAUGAAUCCCGCCCGGUCACUGGGCCCCGCUUUGAUUACUUUUGAAUUUGCUAAUCACUGGGUCUUCUGGUUGGGCCCACUUGGCGGGGGUCUGGCCGCAGCCAUUCUCAAUGAGCUGGUACUGGCCCCGACAGGCAGCGGUUUCCGCCAGUGGCUGACCAUGCUGCAGGAGGGACCAAAGGCUGAGCACAACCUGCAAUCCAAGGCUGAGAGCACCACCCAAGAGAUGGGAUUGAGCGAGACGCCCUGA